UCCUGGAAGAGCUCUGAUUGGCUGCUCUGCUGUCUAAGCUCAGGUGUUGCUGAUACUAAACCAGGCAGAAAAACAGCAGAGGAGGUUUCCUUUGGAGGAAGACCAGUGUCCUAACAAUGAUGAGUAACCUCUCUGUGAUUUUCCUGUCAGGUCUGAAUGAAACCAGGAUUCACAGACCCACCCUUUUCGUUCUCAGUCUACUUUGUUACUGCCUGAUUCUUCUGGUCAACGUCUCUCUGGUCGUCAUCGUCGUCUUGGAUAAGAGCCUCCAUGAACCCAUGUACAUUCUACUGUGUGCUUUUUGCAUAAACGGGCUUUAUGGGACCACAGGUUUCUACCCUAAGUUUCUGUGGGACUUGUUGUCUCCUGUCCACAUCAUCUCGUACUCUGGAUGCUUGAUUCAGGCUCAGGUCAUGUACUCCUUUGCGUGCAGUGAUCUGUCCAUCCUCUCCGUGAUGGCGUAUGACAGAUAUUUGGCCAUUUGCCGCCCGCUGGAGUACCACUCUCUCAUGUCAAAGCAGAAUGUUGUUCUGUUGGCAUGGUUUUCUUGGUUUACCCCCUUCUGCAUCAUGGGUCUGAAUGUUGUUCUGACCUCCAGGUUGAGGUUGUGUAGCCCGCAUAUGUCCAGGCUCUUCUGCGUGAACUGGAGUAUCGUCAGGCUUGCUUGUCCGCUGGAAGACACGACCGCCAACAACAUAGUUGCAAACCUGAUAAUCAUUAUCUAUGUAUGUCAUGGUUUAUUUAUCGUUUGGUCGUAUAUGUAUCUUGUCAAAACUUGCAUCAAUUCUCUUGAAAACCGAGCAAAGUUCAUGCAGACUUGUGUGCCUCACCUGGUCUCCCUCAUCACCUUCCUGGUCACUAUUCUCUUUGAUUUAAUGAACAUGCGACUUGCGUCUAAGAAUUUGGAUCAAAUCUUUCAAGAUUUCAUUGCAAUAGAGUUUCUAGUCAUACCUCCCAUCAUGAACCCUCUCAUUUAUGGUUUCAAGCUGACUAAAAUUCAAAGGAAAUUCAACAAACUCCUCACAUUCAGGUGGAAGUGA